CUCUCUGGGGGCCUCAGUAUCUUCACCAGCGGCGUCCAGUCGGGGUGGGAGAAGGAUGGCUCCCCAGCUCCUGCCUCACGCCGACAGCACGUGAUGCCCAAGUUCUCCUUCUGUGCACAGCCACAGCUCUCACUCACCCACCGGCUUCCUGUCGGGGCUUCCUCAGCCCCACCCCACAUUUGGACAUUUGGGGCAUUUCCUUCCUGACAGCGGGACCUGGGACUGGGCUGGGGCCCUGGCGGAUGGAGACAUGCUGCCCCUGCUGCUGCUGCCCCUGCUGUGGGGGGGGUCCCUGCAGGAGGAGCCAAGGUAUGAGCUGCAAGUGCAGAAGUCGGUGACAGUGCAGGAGGGCCUGUGCGUCCUUGUGCCCUGCUCCUUCUCUUACCCCUGGAGCUCCUGGUAUCCCCCCACCCCACUCUACAUCUACUGGUUCCGGGACGGGGAGAGCCCACGCUAUGCUGAGGCUGUGGCCACAAACCACCCGGACAGAAGAGUGAAGCCAGAGACCCAGGGCCGAUUCCGCCUCCUUGGGGACGUCCAGAAGAACUGCUCCCUGAGCAUCGGAGAUGCCAGAAUGGGGGACACGGGAAGCUAUUUCUUCCGCGUGGAGAGAGGAAGGGAUGUAAAAUAUAGCUACCAACAGAAUAAGCUGAGCUUGGAGGUGACAGCCCUGACAGAGAAACCUGACAUCCACUUUCUGGAGCCUCUGGAGUCAGGCCGCCCCACAAGGCUGAGCUGCAGCCUUCCAGGAUCCUGUGAAGCGGGACGACCUCUCGCAUUCUCCUGGAAGGGGGAUGCCCUCAGCCCCCUGGACCCCAAGACAACCCGCUCCUCGGAGCUCACCCUCACUCCGAGGCCCGAGGACCACGGCACCAACCUCACCUGUCAGGUGAAACGCCAAGGAGCUCAGGUGACCACGGAGAGAACUGUCCAGCUCAAUGUCUCCUAUGCUCCACAGAACCUCGCCGUCAGCAUCUUCUUCAGAAAUGGCACAGGCACAGCCCUGCGGAUCCUGAGCAACGGCAUGUCCGUGCCCAUCCUGGAGGGCCAGUCCCUGUUCCUCACCUGCACAGUUGACAGCAACCCGCCUGCCUCACUGAGCUGGUUCCGGGAGGGAAAAGCCCUCAAUCCUUCCCAGACCUCAGUGUCUGGGAUCCUGGAGCUGCCCAACAUAGGAGCUAGAGAGGGAGGGGAAUUCACCUGCUGGGUUCAGCACCCUCUGGGCUCCCAGCACCUGUCCUUCAUCCUUUCUGUGCAGAAAAGCUCCUCUUCCUGCAUAUGUGUAACUGAGAAACAGCAGGGCUCCUGGCCCCUCGUCCUCACCCUGAUCAGGGGGGCUCUCAUGGGGGCUGGCUUCCUCCUCACCUACGGCCUCACCUGGAUCUACUAUACUAGGUGUGGAGGGCCCCAGCAGAGCAGGGCUGAGAGGCCUGGCUGAGCCCCUCCUGCUCAAGACAGAACCGAGGUGUGGACACCCAGCCCUGCGGGACAGAUGCAGGACAUCACUGUCAGCUUCUUUCUGGAAGCUCACAUCCCACUGACUACCCCUCUUUUCCUUCCUGCCCCAUACCCCAUCUACUUAUCCCCCUCUGCUUGUGAGUCUUGCCCCACCACACCUGCAUCCCCAUCUGCACCCCAUCCCCUCCCCACCCCCCCUUCUCUUCCCUCUCCAUCCUCCAUCUCCAGCCCUGUGAAGGGAAUGUACUUUCGGUCUUAUACCCCCGUUAUCCAUUACCCAAAAGUUACCUUUUUUUUUUUUUUUUGAGACAGAGUCUUGCUCUGUUGCUGAGGCUGGAGUUCAGUGGCACAAUCUCCGUUCACUGCAACCUCCACCUCGGGUUCAAGCAAUUCUCCUGCCUCAGCCUCCCUAGUAGCCGGAAUUACAGGUGCCUGCCACCACACCCAGCUAAUUUUUUUUUUUUUUUGUAUGUUAGUAGAGAUGGGGUUUUACCAUGUUGGCCAGGUCUCGAACUCUUGACCUCAAGCAACCCACUGCAUUGGCCUCCCAAAGUGCUGGGAGUGCAGGUAUGAGCCACCGUGCCUGGCUGCCAAACGUUACCUUCUUAACACUUGAAUUUCUGGUCUCCUCAGCUUCCCUAUCCAUAUAGGCACAGACAGGCAGCAUUUGUUUUCCAGUUAAAACUCUACCUCAUUGUGAUUAUUAUCCAAUACAAUUAUUAUAAAAUAAGUAAAACUUUUAUGAAACAAUACAACAUAAUUGAUGUUUUAAUGCCUCUGUGAGAGUUUGUAGACAAAAAUUAUGUCUUUUUUUUUUUUGAGACAGAGUUUCUGUCUUGUUGCCCAGGCUGUAGUGCAAUGGCAAAAUCUCAGCUCACUGCAACUUCUGCCUCCCAGGUUCAAGUGAUUCUCCUUCUGUCCAUAUAUAGAAGGCAAUACCUGUAUUGUCAGGUUCCGUGCGUCGUAUAACUGGAACCAAACAUAUUUGCUCUAGGGUCUGCUUUCAUUUUUUCAGUGUGGUUUUCCUGGUUUAUCCAUGUUGUUACACGUGUCAAUAGUUCAUUUUUGGUUUUGGUGGGGUUUUUUUUGCUUUUAAUAUCGUACAGUCAGCCUUCUGUAUCCACUGGUUCUGCAUUUUCCCUUUAAUCACCACUUUUGCUGCACCACAAAAAUUUUGUUAUGUUGUAUUUUUAUAUUAGUUCAAAAUAUUUCCUUCUUUCCCCUGAGAUUUCCUUUUAAUUCAUGGAUUGUUGUUUAAUUUCUAAGUGAUUACAGAUUUUACUGGUUUUUUAUUUUUAAACAAUUUGUUACUAAUUUCUUUUUUAGUUCCACUUUAAUAAAUACACAUGCUUGAUAUGUU